ACUUUACAAGACUAUGGAUCAUCAUCACCACCAUCAUUCUGUACCAGCAGUAAUACCAGCUAUGAACAUGUCUAAUAUGAGCAUGACCACAAUGGCCAAUAUGGUGAUGAAUCAUUCUGGUCAUAUGAAUAUGAACACAAGUAUGAGUGACAUGGGUGGUAUGGAUAUGGGUCAUGGUGGUAUGGAUAUGGGUCAUGGUGACCAUGGUGACCAUGGUAUGCAACAUGGCAAUGUUUCCUGUAGUGGAGGAAUGAUGAUGUUCUUUCAUACAGGGAAAUGUGAAUAUAUCCUGUUUGAAUCGUUGUACACACAAACAACUGGUCAUAUCGUAGGUGCUGCCAUUGCUGUGUUUUUUCUUGCAAUUAUAUACGAAGGUUUAAAGUACGGUCGUGAAGUGUUAGUCCAGAGAACCACUUCCAAGAAUAAAUACAUUACAACCACACUACCUAAUGGUACCUCACAGGAAAAUAUUAUUGUUGGUGGAACACAGACAGUUUCAGCUCGGAUGUUAAGUUGCAGUCAUUUUGUCCAGACGCUUCUACACAUGUUACAAGUAUUCAUAAGUUACUGCUUAAUGUUGAUUUUUAUGACAUAUAAUGCCUGGUUGUGCAUAGCUAUUAUUUUAGGGGCUGGAGCAGGUUAUUUCAUAUUUGGAUGGAGAAGAGCUGUCAUUGUUGACGUCAAUGAACAUUGUCACUGAUCUGUACAAAAUUAUAAAAUGUUAAUUAAUACCAGAAAAAUCUUCAUAUUAAUGAAUAUAAUUUCCAAAUUUAUUAUAUUUACGUAAUACAAAUAGUACACAAAUUAAUUUAUAAUGCAAAUACAUAUUUAUACAGUGUUCAAACUUGAGUUAAAUUUGUAUAUACUGCAAAUACUUACUUAUUGUUAAAUAUUUUGAUACUAAAAUAUUUACAAACAAUAAUUAAACCGGUAAAUUAAGAAAAUUAGUGCUUCGAACUGAUUUUUUAGUAUUUAUUAUUCAGUGUCAAUUUAGACUUAUUUUUUGUACUGGUAUACAUUAUUCGAUGUCAUGUAAACAUAAUGGUCCUUUAUUAGUUUUCAGUGAUAUUGACCAAUACAUUGAUUAUUUAAACAUUUGAAUAGUAAUUUGAAUAGUAAAAUCAGCGAUGUUUCCACUGUAAAUUAAGACUACUACAAAGUAGUACAUACACCUAAGGCCUCAACAAGUACCUGUGAAAAUGUAACUAGCAUUAAAGCAAUUCAUGGUAUAUAGUUAUAUACGAUUCAAGUGUAUUUGAUGGUCUGUGAUAUCACCUCGGUGAAAGCGGACCUUAAAUAAACUAAUUUCACACAUAAUGGUCCCACUCAUUGAUCCGAUCCACUUAGAUUCCAUUUUCAUCACCAUUUUAUCCACGGCACCAGCAUGUGUAUAUAUCUCUAUUGGAUAGUUCUUUAUUAAAAUGUUCAGCACAAAAACUUAUAUAUCAGUGUCCAUUGAAAAAUAUGAAUAUCAAUCUGUGAUUUAUAAGUAGAAAGAUAUAGAUAUAAAAAUAGUGUGUAUAUAUAUAUAUGUCACAGGCCUAGGAGAUAUUGCACAAUAUUGCCCCCAAGGCAAUCGGUGAAAGAUGAAGGCUUCUACAGUUGUUCUCCUUUCUGCUUAUUCUAUAUGUCACAGUGUGAUUUUAAGAGUUGCCUCUCAAAUUUCUUACCAGCAUUGUUAUUGUACAUAAUUAUAUACUCAUAAUAAAAAGCCUUAUGCUUACUACGUAUGCAUCAUAUAAUUCAUAAGAUACUGUAAGACAAGAAAUGUAUUUGUUAUGACAUUAAUGCACCCUGGGAUUCAACAUAAUGCAGAAAUUAAUAUGUCCAGCUGCGCUUUCCCUACUCAUGUCUAAAAUGGAUGGCUUCUUGUAGUUUUAACAUAUAAAUUAUAUUCCAUUUAGAAUUACCCGAUCACUUUUGAGGAAUGUUAUGGUUGAUGUAGUUAUAUAUUUACAUGAUAACUACUCAGUAUUUUAUGUUUGAAAACAGAAAUUAAUGCAACUAGCACUAGGUUGCCUUUUAACGCUUUCAUUUCUGGCUUACAUAAAUUUCUUGUUUUACAGUACAUGUAUUUAGAUAUAUUUUAAUAAUAGUGUACAAACAAUGGGAAUUAAAUAAUAUUGUAACAGGAAUCAUUUGGUUGUAAUUUCUUUCUUUAAAUGUACAUAAUUAAAUACUCCAUUGCUGUACACUGACAUAAUUAUGCACCAAUUGGACAUAUUAUAAAGUGAGAACUAUUUGUUGAAUGAUACUAUUCUAAUGAUCUUUGAUGGCUAAAAAGUGUUAAUGUUUACUUGGUAUAUAUAUAUUUAAACCAGGGCUUCUGACCAAAAUUACCAUGAAAUAAAUGAGUCGAAAUGUCAUUAUCAUUUUAAUUUUUUGUUUUAUCUUUAUUUAAAUUACUGUAUAUUAUUAAUGUAAUUAGUAGAUACAUCUUGUUAGUUACAAGGAGUUGAAAUGAUAUAUAAGCAUCAUAUAAAACUGUUGUUAAUGUUUAUUUAAGAAAUUAUAUUUUAAAAUCAAAACUAUAUUUAUAUCAUUUUACUGAUGAGUAAAAACAUAAUGAUUUAAUUUAGAUAUUGUAUAUAUUCAGGUUUUAAAAUUAUCUGCUAUUUGCUUCUAUGAAGGACUAUACUGGAAUAUUAAUUAUGACUGUCAUGGGAUAUUUAUGAAUGACUGCCAUGGAUUUGAUGACAGUCACUGAUAAUUUUUUAAUGGCCAUUGUUGGAUAUUCAUUGAGGAAAUGUCAAUCAAUUAUGAAAAUGCAUGCCAUAAGAUAAUAGAUAGUGCCCCCACUAAAUAUCCAUCAAACUAUAAAGUAUAAUUAUAUCUUAAAACUUAUCUGUAAUUUUAUUUACAAGAAAAGAUAAUAAUGGUUCAUCAAUUGAAAUUGUGAUCAGGUUACUCAUAUUUGCAACUGAAAACAAAGUGGCCAAUCUGUGAUACAAAUAAAAACACUGCAAAGACAUAUCUUCCAGGAUUAGUACUAUGUCCUUUAAAAAUGUAUGUCACUAGUUUAUGAAUGAGGGUGUAGAUAUUAUUAUUAAUCGUAAUAAUGGUUCAUGUUAUUCAUUUGUUAUCAACUAUUUUGUUUUAAUUCAAAUACCAGAACAGUAAUCUUUCAUCAACAAAUAAAAUUGUUUUAAUUAUCGGCAAAUUGGUGAAAAUACUGUUCAACUUUUUUGUGAUAAUUUCAAACUGAUGAUGUUGUAUAGUGUAAAAGUCAGAAGGAAAAAAAAAAUAUGAAAUGAAAUUGUAAUCUAAUUUAGUUAGAA